UAGUUUGACAGUUUGCUAACAGCUGUGUGCGUGUCAAAAUUCUAGAAAAUUUCAACAAAUAUCGGUAAAUUAUUUGUUUUGCUAUAUACUUUUUAUAAGUAAAAUACGCGCAAAAAUAAAUAAAAACAUGGUUCGCAUUGGUUUGCAAAUCUCAGCUACUUUAGAGAAUAUCGAAAGCCUGGAAACAAAUCAUCCGGAUUAUGCGUUUUUUGUGAAAAUCAAAUGCUCUAAUUGUGGUGAACCGUCGGACAAAUGGCACGAUAUAACAGAAUCGGAGCAUAUGCAAGGCGGCGCCGAUACACGCAAUCCUGAAGGUUUCAACUUCUAUAUGAAAUGUAAAAUGUGCGGCCGGGAGAACAGCAUUGAUAUAGUGGAGAAAACGAAUUCGUCCUACACACAUGAAGAUGCGGGCAAGUACAAAACAAUUGUCAUUUUCGAUUGUCGUGGUGUGGAACCCAUUGACUUUUCACCGCGCAGUGGUUGGAUAGUGCAUUCUGCAGAGAAUGGACAAACGUUCGAAGAUGUGGAUCUAUCCGAAGAUGAUUGGGUUGAAUAUGAUCAGAAGAAUAAAGAGUCAGUUGGUGUAUAUGAAUUCUCGUCGCAAUUCGUGAAAUUGAAGAAAUAAGAUGUGAAUUGAAGGCAAUAUAUAAACACAUAAGUAAAUAUGUAGUUUAGCAAGCUGCUUGAAGAUAACUUGGAACGUUUGGCUGCUGCCAUAUGAUAUUUUUAUAGAAAGCAGAGUUUUUGUUUCUUUAGAAGCCUGAACAAAUUUAUAAACACUACUCAAAAAAGUUUCAGAAUUAAUUUAACAAUGCAUUUGUUUAUAUUGAGUUAAUUUUUUUUGUAAUUAAACGUAAAAUAGUGAAAAGGAAAAUUAAAUAAAUUUUUGCACUGUAUAUUGAUAUUAAUAAACUAUAAAAAAUUAAGUGUAACCGUUUCCUAUAAAGAUAUAUUAAAAUAAAUGCUUUUAAUUUUGUAUCAUA